AUGGCUUCCGAAGAAGAUACAGCCAGCGAUGAAGAUUCAGGGGAUGGCGAGAGCGUGAUUGCAAAUAAAGUGAAGGGCAAGGCAGUUGCCACCACCAAUGGACGUAAGGCUAACAAUGGUGGUGCACCUCAAGCAAGUGGUAGCGGCGGUGCCAAGACGAAGGAAAAGUGA